CGCAAAUACCGAACAGACCGCGGUUCGGUCCAAUCGAGCCGGUACGGUCCGUUUGAAAUGGUCAAAGAGUUCGACCCUUGUUUAGAUUUGAGAACGGCGAAGAAAAAGAGGUCGUGGAAACAAACAAACAAACCCUAGAGUACAAUUCAGAUCGAGAAAGAAAGCAUUUGAAUCGAAACCACCGCAUCUCACCAUGGAAUCCGCAGCUAGAAGAAGAGGAGGAGGCGUUUUAGAAGGCCUUUACAAGGUUCUUAUGCGACGCAACUCUGUUUAUGUUACCUUCAUAAUCGCUGGUGCCUUUCUCGGAGAACGGGCUGUCGAUUACGGAGUUCACAAGCUCUGGGAACGCAAUAAUGUUGGGAAACGAUAUGAAGACAUUUCUGUGCUAGGGCAAAGGCCAGUAGACGAGUAAAUUGCUCGACCAUCUUGUUAACCAUUUUGAAGUUUUAUUAUAUUCAUGGAAAAUUUAUGUAAACAUUACGAGCUGGAAGCACUUUCCAUUUUGCAAUAAGUGCAUAUGUUUGUCGUUGUGGUGCUUAAGUCAUGCAUGGCUUCAUUUACUGGCUGUUGGAAAUAUAAAAUCCUGAACUGCUGCAAUCUAUUUUUUCUUCUUUUUAUAAAUGAUUUUAUCCCGAAUGAUUGGAUUAUGAAAAUCGGUUGCUUAUCA